UUAAGGACACAAGACCCAAUGAGAUAACUCUGUGUGAUGUACCACAUUCAGAAAGAAGACACAAGAAUGUCAUUAAUGGGCAAAAUGGGAGACUGGCAGGAUCGCCAUGACGGGACCAGCAAUGGCACAGCCCGGUUACCCCAACUGGGCAGCAUGGGCCAGUCUCCGUACACCAGCGCUCCUCCGCUCUCUCACACGCCCAACUCAGACUUCCAGCCGCCAUACUUUCCGCCACCCUACCAGCCCAUCUACCCGCAGUCUCAGGACCCUUACUCUCACGUUAAUGACCCGUACUCCAUCAACUCUCUGCACGCCCAGCCUCAGCCACAGCACCCGGGCUGGCCUGGCCAGCGGCAGAGUCAGGAGAGCAGCCUGCUGCACCAGCACCGCGGGUUACCGCAUCAGCUGUGCAGAGAGUACCGCAGAGAAGUGCUACUUCCCUCGGGUCACGGUAUUGAGACUGGACUCACGGAUUCAAUCCCUAUCCAUGGAAUACCUCACUCUUUAGAAGAUGUUCAGCAUGUUGAAGAUCAAGGAAUUCACAUCCCAGACCAAACUGUAAUCAAGAAAGGUCCUGUUUCCAUAUCCAAGAACAACAGCGUCUCUGCCAUACCGAUACAUAAAGACGGGCUUUUUGGAGGUGUGGUAAACCCAAACGAAGUGUUCUGUUCGGUUCCGGGUCGUCUGUCUCUUCUUAGCUCAACGUCAAAGUACAAAGUCACAGUAGCGGAGGUGCAGAGACGCCUUUCUCCGCCUGAGUGCUUGUAUAUAUCAUUUUUUUGUAAUUUACUUCAAAGGGCCAAAUCUAAGAAUGGCGGAAGAUCUUUAAGAGAAAAACUAGAUAAAAUCGGAUUAAAUCUACCAGCAGGGAGACGCAAAGCUGCCAAUGUUACUCUCUUGACGUCACUGGUGGAAGGUGAAGCGGUGCAUCUGGCCAGAGAUUUUGGUUAUGUAUGCGAGACUGAGUUUCCAGCCAAGGCGAUAGCUGAAUACGUAAACCGACAGCAUUCCGACCCAAACGAACAAGUCCAAAGAAAAAAUAUGUUAUUGGCAGCGAAACAAAUCUGCAAAGAGUUCACGGACCUGCUCUCGCAAGACCGCACGCCCUUGGGGAAUUCACGUCCACAGCCCAUUCUUGAGCCUGGGAUUCAGAGCUGUUUGACCCACUUCAGUCUUAUUUCUCACGGAUUCGGGACUCCGGCCAUGUGCGCGGCCCUCACGGCGCUGCAGAACUAUCUGACGGAGGCCAUUAAAGCCAUGGACAAAAUGUACCUGAACAACAAUCCUAACAGUCACAACGAGACGGGGUCGAAGGCGGGUGACAAAGACGAGAAGCACAGAAAGUGAUGUCCAGCUUCCACAUCCCAAUUAAUGACAAAAUACAUAUGUAACAAACACUAGUGAUCAAGAUGAAACACUGAACGCAGCACCUCCCGAUCUUGACAUUUUGAGACUUU